AUGCCAGGGCUCCUCUGCCCCCCUGGGCAGCUCCUGGCACUGGUGGUGCUUCUGCUGCAGCCGACUGGGAGCCUCGAGGUCCAGUGUCCCAUCCCUCAUAUUUCAAAUGGUCAGCUGAAACCUGCAGAGAACUUCACCUCUGGCAGCACAGCCACGCUCGAGUGCGACCCCGGCUACACGGCCCUGGGUGCCACCACGGUGCGGUGCCUGGCCAGCGGCAGGUGGUACCCACGGGUGCCAGCCUGCACCCCAGGUCAGUGCUCCAGCCCUCCUGCUGUCGACCACGCGGACCUAAACCAUCGGCACGAGUUUCUAGUCGGGACCACCCUGAUCUACUCCUGCAGACACGGGUUCACUUUGAUCCCUGGAGUGUCUCCAACAACUACUUGUCUUAACAAUUUCACGUGGUCCGCAGUCCCAAAGCUUUGCCAGAAGGUGCAGUGUCCCAUCCCGGUUAUCCCCCACGGGAGAGAGAUCAGCGCCAGGAAAAGCGAGUACACCUUUGGGCACCAGGCAGAAUUCCACUGUGACCAUGGCUACGUGCUGAAGGGCAGCCAGAGGACCCAGUGCUCGUCUGAUGGGACGUGGAGACCCCCCAUCCCAUACUGUGACAGGGUCUGUGAUCCCCCUCCCAAAAUCUCCAAUGGGCAGCACUCUGCCUUGGGGACUAAGCAGUUCCCAUAUGGCUUUGAAGUCAAGUACACCUGUAUGGAGGGUCUGUCCCUCAUCGGGGACGAAUCCAUCUACUGCACCUCUGACAACGGGGAGAACCUGACGUGGAGUGGACCUGCCCCGGAGUGCAGGGUGGUUCGGUGCCCCAAGCCCGUGGUCGAGAGGGGAAGGAUGACCCCCCAGACGUUCACCUUUCCCUACGGGGUGGUGCUGCAGUUCUCCUGUGAUGAAGGCUUUGGACUGAGUGGUGCUCCAGAGAGUCAGUGCCAGGCUGAUGGCAGCUGGCACCCUCCUGUGCCCACCUGUCAGCCAGUUCUGUGUCCACAACCACGGGUGGCCUGUGGAAGGCUGCAAAGCCCUUUGGAUGAUAAAACGUGGUACCAGAUCAACGAGACUGUUACUUUGGGAUGUGCCCCUGGGUACCAGUUUUCAGACGAUGGGAACAUGUCUAUAGAAGACUCCUGGACAGCCACGUGCUUGCCUGAUGGCAACUGGACACCACUGCCCAAGUGUAAGAAAGAAGGUGAUGCUGAUAUAUGUGAAGAGGUUCACUACAUUAAAUCGGCCUUUGAGUGCGGGCUGCCUGUAGCAGAAGUGAAAGCUCUGCUGGAAAUCCAAAAACUGUUUCUGGAGAUUAAAAAACUAGAGGUGGAACUAGAAAAGUAG